AUUCUAUUAGGGUAAUAUGAGGAAUUUAUAUACAUUUUGAAUAGCUUCCAUUGAUAGAGACUUAGUUAAAAAUAUCCAGACAUAACGGAAAUAAUAAAAAACACUGUGGAAUGUCAUACGACCUGACUUGGGGCUGAAUGCGAACAGGGCAUGCUGUCAGACAGGGGCGAACCGGUGCUGUAUCUCAACCAGCAGAAUAAUGGCUGAGGACUAUUGGGAGAGCACACUGGCUUUGGGAUAUUUUUGCUAAGAUUACAAGGGCAUACGGGAUCUCGCGUCCUCGGAGAGCUUGAACUGUGGCUACCCCUCCGCCCUCUGCGUCUCGGCCCCCGCCCUCCACGUCUCGCUCCGCAUCCCGCCCCCCGCUGCCCCCUCUGAUGGACCGCAUGAGGAAGAUCAAGCGGCAGCUGUCCCUCACCCUGAGGGGGGGCAACAGUGGGGAUAAGACCAGUGAGACCAUCAGCCCUCAGGACACAGCGCACAGUCACAGUGACUCCGAGACCAUGUCAGUGCGGGGCAGUGGCACUGGCAGUUUGCGGGGUUCAGUGCGAGGCAGUGGUGGUGGAGGCUCGUUCAGCAUGCACUCCCUGCUCCAGUCGUACGGCUCCGCCCUGCGCCGACCACACAGCCUGGGCCGCAGCCUCAGCUCCUAUCUCAACCACACCACACGCCUGGAGAUAGUUCAUGAAGAUGUGAAGAUCGGCUCUGAUGGGGAGAGUGACCAGGUCUCGGCCACCUCUUCUGAUGAAGUACACAGUCCUGUCAGGGUCCGCCUCAGGAACAACUCUGUACGCAAGAUAUCCACCGAGGAUAUAAACAAGCGGUUGUCCUUGCCUGCGGACAUCCGUCUCCCAGAUGGCUACCUGGAGAAGUUCUGUCUGAACAGUCCUCUUUUUGACAAACCUCUAAGCCGGAGGCUAAGGAGAGUCUCCCUGUCCGAGAUUGGCUUUGGGAAGCUGGAGACCUAUGUGAAGCUGGAUAAGCUAGGAGAGGGAACCUAUGCCACCGUAUACAAAGGGCGCAGCAAGCUGACUGACAACCUGGUGGCUCUGAAAGAGAUCCGAUUGGAGCAUGAGGAGGGGGCUCCCUGCACUGCCAUCAGAGAAGUGUCUCUGCUGAAGGAUCUGAAACACGCGAACAUAGUGACCCUCCAUGACAUCAUCCACACGCAGAAGUCUCUCACGCUGGUCUUUGAGUACCUGGAUAAAGACCUUAAGCAGUAUCUGGAGGAUUGUGGCAACUCUAUCCACAUGCACAAUGUGAAGCUCUUCCUGUUCCAGCUGCUGCGCGGCCUCAACUACUGCCACCGCCGCAAAGUCCUCCACAGAGACCUCAAACCCCAGAACCUGCUCAUCAACGACCGCGGAGAGCUCAAACUGGCUGACUUUGGCCUGGCCCGGGCUAAGUCCAUUCCCACCAAGACAUACUCCAACGAGGUGGUGACGCUAUGGUACCGUCCCCCAGACAUCCUCCUAGGAAGCACUGACUACUCAACGCAGAUAGAUAUGUGGGGAGUGGGUUGUAUCUUCUACGAGAUGUCUACAGGCCGCCCCCUGUUUCCUGGUUCCACAGUGGAGGAGGAGCUGCACUUCAUCUUUAAACUGCUAGGUACACCCAAUGAGACAUCCUGGCCUGGAAUCACCUCCAAUGAGGAGUUCAUCUCAUACAACUACCCCCGGUACAGAGCCGACUGUCUACGGAAUCACACACCAAGACUGGACAAUGAAGGAGUGGAACUGCUGUCCAAACUGCUGCAGUUUGAGGGAAAGAAGCGCAUCUCAGCAGAGGAGGCCAUGAGGCAUCUAUACUUCCACAGUCUGGGAGACCGAGUCAUCACACUGCCUGACACUACAUCAAUAUUUUCACUUCAAGACAUUCAGCUGGAGAAAGAGCCCGGCUGUAGAAGCAGCUCCUUGUCUGACUCAGAGCUCGUACAGGGAUGCCUAAGGUUCCGGCACACCUUAGUGAACAGCAUAUCUCGUCGACAGAGCCUGCUUUUCUGAGUGGAGUGAGAGAGAGACGGACGAACGAGAGGACGGGAAGCUGAGACAUUUCUGUGUGCGAUGAAGGGAUACAUAUUCAUCAUCUUUAUACCUUUUGAAUUGUCAUUGUUGGUCCAUUUAGUGUUGAGGUUCCCUAGCUGUUUACAUGUAAGACGAGGCUGAGGAGGAUACCUGUUUUUCUUCUGUGUUUGCUCUCAAUAUGCACUCUCUCCUCUAUAUAGAAAAGUUUACUGUCACAGACACACGUUUACCAUCACGUAUACUGUAAAUGCUGACAGGCAAAGAAAGCCUUACCAUUUUUCCUUGUAUAGCUAACUACUGUGAUCUUUAGUUUACAGGCUGACAUAAUUGCAGCCCUGUAUAAUUACAUUUAGACAUGUCAGGACAUUCUUUGAAUGCAAUAAUCAUCACCCGUACAUUUUAAUGGAUUUGGACCAAAGUUUUCGACUCACUUAAAUUAUGCACAAUGCUAUUGUAAUACCCCUAGCUAGAAGCUUUCUAUGUUUUAUUGUAUAAUACCACAAUGAAGGAAUCAUUUGAAAAAUGACAAGGCUUGAAUAAGUGAUAAGUUGAUUAGAGUUAUCUUCUAAUUGAGGGGGGAAUAAUAAUAUGGUGAGGCUGUAGUGUCUCACCUUGGUCUUCCACACUCCCAUUUCCACCACAGCAAGGUAUUAGUCUGUCCCUCCCAUUUCCACCACAGUAAGGUAUUAGUCUGUCCCUCCCAUUUCCACCACAGCAAGGUAUUAGUCUGUCCCUCCCAUUUCCACCACAGUAAGGUAUUAGUCUGUCCCUCCCAUUUCCACCACAGUAAGGUAUUAGUCUGUCCCUCCCAUUUCCACCACAGCAAGGUAUUACAGUCUGUCCCUCCCAUUUCCACCACAGCAAGGUAUUACAGUAUCCCUCCCAUUUCCACCACAGUAAGGUAUUAGUCUAUCCCUCCCAUUUCCACCACAGUAAGGUAUUACAGUAUCCCUUCCAUUUCCACCACAGCAAGGUAUUAGUCUGUCCCUCCCAUUUCCACCACAGCAAGGUAUUAGUCUGUCCCUCCCAUUUCCACCACAGCAAGGUAUUACAGUCUGUCCCUCCCAUUUCCACCACAGCAAGGUAUUACAGUCUGUCCCUCCCAUUUCCACCACAGCAAGGUAUUACAGUCUGUCCCUCCCAUUUCCACCACAGCAAGGUAUUACAGUCUGUCCCUCCCAUUUCCACCACAGCAAGGUAUUACAGUAUCCCUCCCAUUUCCACCACAGCAAGGUAUUACAGUAUCCCUCCCAUUUCCACCACAGCAAGGUAUUACAGUAUCCCUCCCAUUUCCACCACAGUAAGUUAUUAGUCUGUCCCUCCCAUUUCCACCACAGUAAGGUAUUACAGUCUAUCCUUCCCAUCUCCAUCAAUCCAAGGUAUUAGUCUAUCCCUCCCAUCUCCCCAUUGAAGGGGGAUAUUAGUUUAGUACCAGGUAGAUUAAUCCCAACAGUGUCUUGGUGGCAUUUGGGGGAAAACCUCAUGGUGUAUUUAUUUAUUUAUUUUUAUAAUGCUGUGCUUGGCUGAUAUGGUACAAUGGUUUGAAAGAAAAUCACUUCUGUUCUAUUUUCACACAACGUUUUGCAGUUCUCUGAGGAAUCCAUAGCACUUACAGGAAUUCUCCUCAUUCUUGCAGGAAUUCUGGAAUUUGUGGAACCGUUGUACCAAAAACCUGGAGAUGGCGUUCUCUUUAUUGAUUAUAUAGACAUGCAUCCAAUACAAAUUGAGCUUCCACAGUGAAACAUCACAACCCUGAUAGGUUUAAUGACUCUUUAGGGCACAGGGUACAGUAUUGUUGGGUAUAAUGUAAUUGUGUUUACACAUCUACCUGUUUGGAGUGAAAGAGACAGUCUGCAAAUUUCCCCACUAUGUACAGGGUGAUGUGUGGUCAUCAUUCUGAGGAGAGUGAGAGAGUGCACCAGACACAGUCUCACUACUAAUACACCGCCUGCUGAUGUAGUUAGCCCACCUAUUAACCACGGCUGUUGUUCUAAAGCAGUGGUUCCCAGCCUUUUACCCAUGUACAUUUUACCAGUAGGACUAUGGUCUCAUGAGUCUUCUCAAGUACUCCCUGUGGAUAGGCCAAGUUCCCCCUGUGGAUAGGCCAAGUUCCCCCUGUGGAUAGGCCAAGUUCCCCCUGUGGAUAGGCCAAGUUCCCCUGGUUGGGAACCACUGUUCUAAAGCACUUCAGUAUGUGGAUUCUGUGAAAACCAAAGUGAACAUGCAUAAAACUGUCAUCUGAAAUGUCUGGCUCGUCGUUUUGAAUGGGGAUAGAUGAUGUGUUUCAAACCUCAAAUAACCAAAGUAUACAUUUUUGGAUUGAGGCGGUAACUUGGAGAGAAAUGCAGUUGGUUAUGAAUUCUCACCAUCUCAACCAUUGGGUUAGUUUGGUGGGUUGGGGUGUGAUCCUAGCAGCGAGAUGUUGUGAACUUAGUAAGUGUGAAUGAGUGAGCGUGUGCUGUCUGUGUGCGGUGUGUGUGUAUGAGAGAGCCAGAGUGAGAGAGUCAGAGUGAGAGAGUCAGAAUGAGAGAGUCCGAGCAGAGGAUAUGUGUCGUGAAGCACGGCAAUGUUAUAUUGUGGAAAAAGAAUAUGGUAUGUUGUAAAUAACCUUAGAUUAUUUUACGGAACCGAGCAGAGGACUGUGCAAUGAGAUGAGGAUACUCUUCUCAUUAUGUCAUAUUGAAGAUAAGAAUAUAGUUUUCUUACGAUGAUCAUUGA